CCCUGCUAUCACAGUUUUGGCCUCUGAGCCUACCGUUCGGCACUCAGUGCCUACCGUUAUAAUUCCUUAUCUACCUAGUCGAUCCUACUAUGUGUUUAUAAGGGCUAAGAUCUUAAUUAAGAUUGAUAUUCGAUUUUGGUGAACUUAUUAGUGAGUGUUCAUAUGUUUGCAUCUACUAGCUUGUAAUUGUUUACCUGUUUAUCUGUAUACGUGGACGUGUUUAUUUUAUUCUGUUAUUUGUUGCGAUCACCCACUGAGCAUUCGCUCAGCGUGUUGGUUUUUACCUCACGCAGGUUGUAGAUAAAGUAGGGGCAACGGAAGUUAUCAGAGGUCUACAUCAGAUAUCAAGGCCAUUAUCAUAACUGGUUAUAUAAAAGAUGUCAUCUGAGUCACAGAGAGCAGCAGAUGAAGAGGUAGAGAGUCAUGCUCCCUCUGAGGCAGCUGCAGCUCCUACUGCUCCUGCACCUGCUGCUGCUCCUCCACCUUCUGCUGCUGGUGGACUAGGGCAGGAUGCAUUGUUUCAGCAAAUAGCUGAGUUACUUAGGAGGGUUACACAAAAUGUACCAGAGAUACCACCACCACCUGUAGCAGUCCAGGUUCCCCCACCUGUUGUAGCCCAAGCACAAUCUAGGCCUCCAAUAGAAAAACUCAGGAAGUAUGGUGCUACGGAUUUUAAAGGUAAAAAGGAAGAUGAUCCUUCAGCUGCAGAAUUCUGGUUAGAAAGUACAGAAAGGGUUCUACAGCAGCUACAGUAUUUACCAGCAGAGAGCUUGAUGUGUUCAAUAUCAUUGCUAAAAGAUGAAGCCUAUAGAUGGUGGACAACAUUAACACAGAUGAUUCGACCAGAGCGGCAGACUUGGGAAUUCUUUUUGGCAGAGUUUAAGAAGAAAUAUGUUGGGGCCUUAUACACGGAGGAAAGAAGGAGGGAGUUUUUGUACCUCAGACAGGGCAGGCUUACAGUAACUGAGUAUGAGCGAGAAUUUAUAAGACUUAGUAAGUAUGCCACAGAGAUAGUUCCUACAGAGGAAGAAAGAUGUAAACGCUUUGAGCAAGGAUUGCAUGCUGAUAUCAGGAUGUACCUCACAGCUAUGCAUAUCAGGGAACUCUCAGUUUUAGUAGAGACGGCCCACAGUCUGGAGCGAAUUAAAGAAGAAGAGCAAAGUAGAAAGCAGAAAGGGUAGCAGAAAGGGUAGCAGAAGAGGAGCCAGAGCCAGUAUCAGGGACAAUCCUCUAUAUCUCAGACAAGUAGUAAGAGACAGAGGGAGUUUCAGCAGACAGGGUAGAGAGGACCACCUAGGCAGAGUCAGAGACCUGGGCAGAGUUCAGUAGUGAGGUUUGGACAGCAGACUACCUCAGUAUCCAGUACAGGAGGACCAGGCAGAGGGUUGCCACCAGUAUGUGAGCAUUGUGGCAGGAGACAUGGUGGAGUAUGUAGGAGAUUGACUGGGGCUUGCUACUUAUGUGGAAGCUCAAACCACUUUUUGAGGGAUUGUCCUAGAGGCCAGUCAGUGCAGCCUAUACAGACAGAGAGAUCUUUGCCGACAGGGUCUAGAGGCAGAGGUAGAGGUAGAGGUGAAUCUAGCAGUGCUCAGAGUCACAGAGUAUCAGAGACAGUAGAUAGACCAGACACUAGAGCACCUGCCAGGGCAUAUGCUAUUCGUGCAAGGGAAGACCAGGACAAACCAGAUGUUAUAGCUGGUAAAUUUUCUAUCUUUGGCAAAUAUAUUUAUGCAUUAAUUGAUCCUGUUUCCACACAUUCAUACAUCAGCAUACCCAUCAAUAAUGAGAAGGGAAUUGAAGUAGACCCUUUAGAGCAUGACAUAGCAGUGACCAAUCCCUUAGGACAUCUUGUGAUUGUGAAUACCCAAGAAACUCCUGAUCUCUGCAACAUUCUUUGGUGGCUUCCAUUCUAGUACAACUUUAAUCUUCUGUGGAUCUACCCUGAUUCCCUCUGCUGAUACAACAUGUCCCAAAAAUGUUAUUUCAUUGAGCCAAAAGUUGUAACAUCCUCAAACCCAUAGCUAGAGUAGUGCCAUCACUAGGUAGGGCUAGGCUAUUUCACUACUAGAGUAAGUGGCCUUAGAGAAUGUGCUAGCAUAACUCUAAACUGCUAAUAACUUAAUCAUAGAAAACUCCAAUAAAUAAACGGACGUAUUCAGAAUUAAAGUAGACAGUGUGAUUAGCGAGUCGGGAACGAGACACUUUCAGGAGGUGCUUGUUUAAAUCCGUUAUGCUAGCUUAAGUGAAAAGGACUUUUAAAGGCUAAAAGUAUAUUUUGGUAGGUCAAUCUAUGAUUAGUGAAAGUUUGAAAAUUAAAUUGAAACAUGGUAAAGAGUUUAGUGGGUUAAAGUGUAAAUAUGAAAAGUUAAAAAGAUAGAAUUUAAUGUACCCAACAUGUGUCACCUAGCUAAGGAAAGAAGAAUUGACCAAGCAAAUAAAAAAAAAAAAUAGGGGAUUGUCUUCUCCACCAUUUCAUUGCCGUAGCUCACAUCCAUUGAAAACCAAAGCUUUGUUUUGUCUUCCUUCCACCAAAGCCAAGCCAAAUCUCACUCAAUUAACUUCUUCCUUUAACCAAAAUUUACCCUAAGACCAAGAGCUAAAGGAACAGCCAUAUAUUGAAGGAAUUGAAGAAGAAAAGUUUAGGGUUCCAUAUACAUCAACCUUGAAAAUCAAAGGUGAGCUUAGAAGUGUGUAAGAAAUGGCAUCUUUUCAUUUAUUCAUGCAUGAAUUUGAAUUAUAAAGCUUUAAUUUAUAGUUUAUUCAAUCCUUCCCUAAGAUAUAAAUUGACCUAGGUGAAGGAACAUCAAAGGGAAAGGAGAUAGCUAGAGAGUAGAAGUGGAAAAAGGAAAGAGGAAUUAAAGAAAGGUUUGGCGUUUCUUUGACUUUCUGUUUUCCUUGAGUUUUCACAUGGACAUAUGAAGUUGGAGAUUGAUUUUACUUGCUGGAAAUGUUGCUUUGAUUGUAUAAACAAGUUAUAUGUAUGUUAAAAGGGUGUUUGAAAGGCUUAGAGUAAAGAAACUUAACAUGAGAGCUUAAAGUGCAAAUCUGGCAUAAUAGGUUUUAACAGGGCAGCUUGUGUUAACAAGUUCAUAACUUAUUGUCUUUUUAUUGAAAUUAGUCCUAAGAUAUACCAAAUGAAAGCUAAGACAAAGAGAUAAAACUUUCAUGAAUUGACCAAAUUCGGAAUCUGUAAUUAAGAUGAUGAAAAUGGCAAGUGAACCGAAACUGGACACAGUGGUAGUACAUCCGGAACAGAGUCUAUUGAGUAUACCAUAACUAAUUAUAUACUCAGUGAAAUUUGUUAAGACCAGUGCCAAAUAAAUCUUAAGAAGUAUACCUAAAACUUUGUAGAAGAUACUUAAGCUUGAAUUUGUAUGUAAAUGCAUGAAUC